AUGCAGACCCUGACCCUACUCUUCGCCCUGUUAGCGGUGGCCUCGGCGCAGUACUACUACACCUACCCGUAUUAUUACUACUACCCCACGUAUUACAUGCCCGUGAGCACCGCCGGAGGAUCGACGAACACCCAGCAGAACCAACAACAAUCCCAGCAGUACCAGCCGCAGCAGCAGCAACAGCAGCAGUACAGCCAGAACUCGGGCGUCGGCACCGGGGUCCAGUAUGAUGCCACCAACCAGAAUGGUCAGCAACAGUACGGCCAACAACAGCAGUACGGCCAGCAGUACGGCCAGCAACAGCAAAACGGCCAGAACAACAUGGGAAAUGGCGUGCAGUAUGAUGCCAGCAACAACGGCCAGCAGCCGCAGUACAACACGCAACAGGGACAGACAUCAAACGGCGCCUCCACGAACCAGGUGGCCUACGUGCCGGUGUCGUACUACUACCCGUAUUCCUACUAUUUGUACGGAAGAAAG